AUGUUUGGAUCAUCAGCUAAUACAGGCGGAGGGAUGUUUGGCUCAUCAGGAACACAAUCAGGAGGCUUAUUCGGACAAAAGCCAGCAACUACUGGAUUUGGUGCCCAACAACAACCUCAACAACAACAACAACAACUUGGAACAGGGUUCGGAUCAACAGCCAAUGCCCCAUCAGGUGGGGGAUUGUUUGGUCAACAGACUAAUACAGGCACAUCUACAACAGGUGGAGGACUCUUUGGAAACAAACCUGCUACGGGUGGAUUAUUUGGACAGAGUUCACAACAACCAGCCACAGGUACUGGAUUUGGUGGUGCACCUGCUGCAGCCUCAACUGGAACCAAUUUGUUUGGUGGUGGUGCAAGCAAUGCUAGUGCUAAUACUGGGGGAUUGUUUGGAAAUAAACCUGCUACAACUGGGACUACGGGUGGUGGAUUAUUUGGAAGCACAGGUGCAACCGGUUCAAAUACUUCUGGUGGUCUUUUUGGAAGUAAUCCCCAAGGAGCGACACCCACAUCUGCUCCUUCAGGAGGUCUUUUUGGUGCUUCAUCUGGUGGAACAGGGUUUGGUAGUGCCGGAACUACUGGUGGAGGAUUGUUUGGAAACAAACCUGCUGCACCAUCCGGAGGUCUCUUUGGAUCACAACAACCACAACAGCAACAGCAAAUACAGCAGCAGCAACAACCUUCCGGGGGACUCUUUGGGAAUAAUACCACAAAUAAUCAACAACCAUCUUUCAGCUGGAGUCAACCGCAACAACCACAAUCAACCCUCUUUAAUACCAGUGCAACCGGGGCUGGAUUUGGUACCAACCCCAAUAUGCAAUCAUCAGCAGCUAAUGUCAACACAUAUACUCCAGCAAUUAAUGAUCAAUUGAUAAAGAUUUCCGAACAAUGGGAUCCAAAUUCUCCUAAAUGUGCCUUGAAAACUCAUCUUUAUAAUAAAUUUAACGAACAAGAAAUUGCAAUCUUGAUGAGUCAACAAAGACCAGCGAAUGAAACACCUGAAGAUUGGGACAAUGCUAUGAUGAAAAGACCAGGGAUUGCAUAUUAUCCGAUUAAGAUAACUUCAUUUAGUGAUAUUGCUCAAAGAAUUGAAACCCAAUUGGAUCAUGUUGCCAAAUCUAGAGUUUUACUUAAUACUAUAAAUGAAAAACAAAAUGCAUUAUCUUCAAAACAUGAUUUAGAAAACACUACUAGAAUAUUAAAGGCAAAAGCAAGACAUACUAAAUUGUCCAGAAGAUUAUUACGAUUGGCUACUGUAUUGGCCAUAUUGAAAUUGAAGGGAUAUCCAUUAUUGCCUGAAGAAGAAGAAAUAUCUAAACAAUUUGAUUUAUUGACUGCUAAAUUAAAUGACCCAAAUAGUUCAGUAGGUAAAUUAAGUGAUAUAUUUGCCAGAUUAGCAAUUCUAAAAGAAAGAGCAGAAGAUUUGAAUUAUCAAUUUGAUCAUUCUAUUAAUACAUUAAAUGGAGGGUUAAAUGUUGGAGAACAAACCGAACAAAAAGUGAAAGAUCAAGCUGGAAAUACUGAUGAACUUAUUAAGAAGCUUUCUAAUGUCUUGUUGAAACAACAAAUGGGAUUGAAUUAUUUGAAUGAUGUGUUAGAGAAAGAUAAAGAAUCCGUACAAAAGUUGGGUAAAAAGUAA